AUGCAGGCCUCAAUCCGUCUCCUCCUCGCCGGCCUCGUGCUGCAAUUGGCCUCCGCCGUACCAACACGGACCACGCCCACCGUCUUCCUGUGCUCCGAUAGUACGGCUGCCAACUACAAUCCCGCGACGACACCUAUCCAAGGCUUCGGCUACUACCUAGGCUCGUACCUCUCCGCGAACUUCACGAACCUGGCACGGGGCGGGCGCUCGACGCGGUCCUUCCAGAACCAAGGUCUGUGGGCGCAGCUGCUGUCCUACAUCGUGCCAGGGGACUUCGUAAUAAUCGAGAUGGGGCACAACGACAACGGGACGCCAGGGAGCGGGAGCGACCUGACGAAGGACCGAGCGGUGCUACCGGGUAUCGGCGAGGAGAUCAUCGUCGUGCAGAACACCACCGGCGGCACGGGCAACGAGACAGUCUACACCUUUGGCAAGUACCUGCGCGGCAUGAUCAAGGAUGUGCGCGGCAAGGGCGGGAUUCCCGUGCUCAGUGGCAUGGUCCCCACCAUGGGCUGGACGAAUGGUACUCUGCAGACGGACUGGCCGUUCACGGGCUGGGCGGAGGAGACUGCCGAUAGCCAGCACGCCGGUUGGGUCGAUCAUACGAAAUACAGCGUUGCGAGGUUUCAGGCGCUGGGUGAGACCGCCGCUAGGGCGAUGUUUCCGCUGGAUAAUACGCACACGGAUGCGGAUGGCGCGAUUUUGAAUGCGGAGACUUUUAUACAGGGAGUCAAGGUCAGGACAUACCUUAAUCAGCUGUGCGAAUACUCCGUGCGAAAAGGGUGCCAACGAAAUUCCAAAGAAGUGCCUAAAAUAUGA